AUGCCGGGAGAAUCCUCCACAACUCUCAUGACCACCACUGCUCCCGAUCCUGACGCUUGGUCGAUUGCCGUUGUCGGAGCCCUUGGUGUGGGCAAAACACGAUUCAUCUCUGCAGUCAGACUCUUACUCGCGUUCCUGGAACAUAAACACUAAACUACUGUACAGUUUGUUCUUGACGAUGUCGAAGUUGGUGGUGGAUGAGCUCGAACCUUUGGGAGUGAAACAAGCCUUCUCGCGGAAGCUCACGGUGGACGACCAAGCCACUAUCGUUACGUUGCUGGAUAUAUACCAGCUGGAGUCUGAGACGGAGGACGAACAUGAAGCAUUAUUACGAACCUCGGAUGCCUUCAUUCUGAUGUACAAUGUUACUUCGCCAUAUUCUUUUCAAGACACUGUGGCAUUCCUACGAGAGAUUCGCCGCGCAACAAGCUCACGCGAGCCUGUCAUCGUACUCGCUGCCAACCAGAUAGACCGGCCUGCCCAAGACCACGAAGUUCCCCAUCAGGACGGCGUUGCGCUCGCCAAAGAGCUUGGUUGCUCGUUUACCGAAACGUCUGCAAAGACCGGGCUUGAAGUGGAUGCGACUGUGAUCAAUCUUGUCCGCGCUCUCCGUGCUAAGAAGAAAGGCGAAGAGAGGAGGAAGAAAAAUAGCCUGGGACUGCGCGUUUGGAAACUAGUGUCCCGAGCCCGAUAA